CAUGCGCAAGAAUUCGAGUGUUCAGCGCGAUUAAAAUGGGAGAUGUCCGCAAGAGUAACGAAGAAAUUCUGUGCGAUUUGUGCGUUUCUAAUGGCUUAUGCUACGAUAAGCUAACAACAACGUACGCUGCAGAUAGGAAUGUGUUGGAGAUGUUUUUCUCUGGUUAUCCUCGCAUGGUGGGAUUGAACUUGUUUCCUCGUCUGGAGACACUCGUCUUGAUUGGUCAGGCGAUUGAUGUCAUCGUUGGUUUGGAGACUUGUGUUUGUUUGCGGGAGUUGUGGAUAUGCGAAUGCAAUUUGAAGGUGAUUGGUGGCUUGGAACAUUGUUCUUCAUUAGAGCAACUUCAUUUGUAUUCAAAUUGCAUUACACAAAUAGAGAACGUAGCUCACCUGGUGAAACUGCAGAAAUUAUGGCUGAAUGACAAUCGUAUCACAGCAAUAGAGGGUCUUGAUGACUUGACAAAGCUUUGGGACUUAAAUUUGGCUCAAAAUAGAAUCAAAGUGAUUGGCAAAUCAUUGUCAUCUUGUAGCAGUAUUGAAAUUUUGAACUUGUCUGGUAAUCCAAUCUCAUCAUUUAAGGAUUUAACAAAUUUGGCAGAUUUACCUAAUCUCAGCAGCCUCAGUCUUCAAGAUCCAUUGUUUGGUCCUGCUCCGGUCUGUCUUCAAUGCAACUAUGCUACACAUGUUCUCUAUCACUUGCCUCAACUCACUCAUUUAGACACUUUCAGUGUCACAUCACAAGCUCUCCGAGAACUAGUGGAGAUGACAGUUGUGAGGAAGAAGGUAUACUAUGGCAUUCAACAACGUGUUCUUCAACAUCAAUUGAAUGACAAGUUUUCAAAGAGAGCAAAAGAGGUGAAAGGCAUUGAGACCAGAUUGGAGUCAAGACUGAGAAGAUUACUUUGUGAAGUAAAGCAGAUUCAACUGGAAUUGAAUGAUGAGUCAAGUUUGCUGACAGAAAAUGAAGAGGACAUUUGUAAGAAUGACAGAUUUAUUGCCAAGCAGUCUGCACUUAUGCAAAGGAUCAAUGAACUUGAAGGAAAACUACAACUGUUACGGGCUUGGUAUGAUACUGUGAAGGACUGUUUAAUUUCUGAAGCUGAAAUGAGAAAGCAAAUGUUGUUGCUAGAACUACAAACAGGAGGCAAUGUUUCUUAUGAAGUGGGAAAACCAGGAGAUGUUUGGUACUCUUCUUGUUGUGAUUUGAUUCAGAAUGGAUUUCGUGCUGCUGAUUAUGAGACAGGUUGUUUCAGUGGAGUUCGUGUAACAAAUGUUUUCAAAGUACAGAAUCGCAUCCUUAGAAUGGAAUUUAAUUCACAACUGGAAGCUGCACUGGAAAGAGAAGACAUUGUAUCAUACACAAAAGGACAAAAUUUCAAAGACCUGAUUGAAUAUUUUUUUGUGGUGAGAAACAGUACAGAAAACAACCAGAACGAAGCUUUGCAGGUUAUGGAACAUGGAAUCAAACCGUCUGUUCAUCAGGGAGCUGUUUGUUUGACCAACAAUCUCUGUGCAGCAGAAAGACAUUCAUUAAAUCAGUUGUUCAAACAAUCUGAGUCAUUUGGCACUGAUAAGAGUUUACUUUUGGCAAACAAAAAGGGAUUUGUUGUUAUUGCAAAAGUCUUCACUGGCAGAACUAUGCCUAUAAACAGCAAAAUUGAAAUGAAACGGAGUAAUUAUCAUGGUGCGGAUUCAGUCUUCAGUCAUAUUGAUAAUGUAUCACUGGUUGACAAAUCUGAUAUGUCGAAAGUUGAGUCUAGAUGCAUAUCUGUUGCUGGUAGUAAUUCUUGCUACGCUCUUUGGUUUCUGUUUGACCACAAAAUGGCUUUGCCAGAGUACUUGGUGGAAUAUGAGCAUAUUUGUCAGACUGCUCCUCUGACACUGAAGCAGAUUGCGGGAUUUGAAAGUGUGGGGGACAGCGGCAAUGACAUGACUACUACUGGAAACUCUAAUGAUAAAUUAGCUGAUACUGAUGUUCUCUCAUUACAGCCAGUGUUUCCACAGAGACCUCGGCUUGUGAUGCUUACACCAGACUUACUUCUGCGACAUUGUGCUGUUUCAUCAUUGGAAUCAGUUCGGGUUCUUAAUGUUCACAAUAAUGGUCUGAGCCAAUUGCAACUAUUGGAUACCAUGCCUGAGCUUAGGAAGCUGGUUGUCAGUCACAAUGAGUUGUUCAGAGUAGACGGAAUUGUGCAUUUGGAAUAUUUGAGAUACCUUGAUCUGAGUCACAACAACCUUAUUACAUUGGAAGGACUUCAUAAUUUGACAAGGCUACAACACAUUGAUGUAAGCUGGAAUCGAUUGGAAAACAUUCGAACUACGCUUCUUGUACUGAGAAAACAUUGUCCUUCUCUUACGUCACUAGACUUGAGGCACAAUCCAUGGAGAAAGCGUGAGAAUCUGAGGUUUCAUGUGCUGGGUCGUUUGAAGCAGCUGCAGUCAUUAGAUCAGCAACCAGUUACUGAAGAAGACAUGUCUUUUGCUUUGAGACUCUUAUUGUCAUAUCGAGUGUCAGUAACCAUGUUAUUGUCUCGUUCUUGCGUCAAUGAAUCUGAAGCUAAGUCAUUGGAUUUACGAUCUACAGCUGAAGUGAUAUCUGAUAGAAGCAGGAACAGACCAGAGCGGCUAGAUGAUGAUGACACUGUGUGGUUCACAAAGAUUACAACUUUGAAUUUGGAUGGGCAAGGCCUCAGCAAGUUGUCUAAUGUGGACAAGCUGGUAAAUCUCAAAUGGGCUUCGUUUGCUCAUAAUUAUAUUAGCAAGAUUGAGGGGUUAGAGGCUUGCAGACAUCUUCUUGAGCUCUCACUGGAGGACAAUUGCAUCACUAGAAUAGAAGGUUUGGCUCACCUGACAUUCCUAGAAAGAUUGAACUUGUCUCACAACACAAUAACAAGUCUAAACUCAUUUUCUGUGGGUAACUUGCAUCACUUGCAAAGGCUGAAUAUUGAUAACAACCAAAUAACAACAUUGGAGGGAUUGCAGGACUGUUUAUUGCUGUUUAUGGUUUUUGCCGCCAAUAACCGUAUUGCCAAUUCAAGAAAUGUUUGCUGUUUGAAGACUUUGCAGAACUUUAUGAUUCUUGAUUUAUAUGGGAAUCCAGUAACAGAGACAGAGAAGUAUCGGCUGCUCAUUGUUUUUCAUCUUCAAACAUUGAGAUCACUUGAUGGAAUUGUAAUUGAAGCAGCAGAGUCUAAUUUGGCAAAGGAGACUUUUGGAGGAAGACUGACUCAGGACUUCAUUGCUGACCGUAUAGGUAACACUGACUUCACACAACUGACAAAAGCUGAUUUCUCUCACUUGGGAGUCAAACAAGUUGAUCUGGGAAAUGCACAGAGUUUUCAGAGCCUGACCAGCUUAAAUCUUGAGCACAAUGAGUUGACAUCUUUGGAAGGAUUGACAGCUUUGACGAACUUGAAGAUAUUGUGUUUAAACCAUAACCGAGUGGAGUCUCUAUUUGCCAAUAAGGCUAAGCCAGUAUAUACUGGGGGAAAGAAUGCUCAUCUUGUUCCAUCAUCGUUUUAUGCAGAUGCGACUCCAAUACUGACAAAACUGCAAGUUCUUCAUUUAGGUCAUAAUGGCAUUGUUGAUAUGACUCAAUUGCAACUGCAGCGAUUUCCAGCUCUUCAGUCUUUGUUUCUUCAAGCGAAUGAAAUUGUCAUUGUUGAUGGUCUUUUUGGAGUAACAACACUAAAGGAACUUGUAUUGGAUCGAAAUAGGAUCAAAAGUAUUGGAGCAGACACAUUUGCAUCAUUAUCAAAUCUUGUUGAGUUACAUUUGGAAGAAAACAGGCUCAAAGAUCUCUCACAUUUUGAUUCAUUGCAAUCAUUGUCCAGGCUCUAUCUUGGAAUGAACAGAAUAUCGGAUUUGGCUGAACUUGAGAAACUAUCAGGUCUUACCAAUCUCAAAGAAAUCUCUGUCAUAAGCAAUCCAGUAUCGAAGAAACAAGCCCAUCGUCCCAUGUUAGUGUUUCGGUUGUCACAGCUGGAAUCUAUUGAUGGUAUUGAAGUAACAGAAGAAGAAGCAACAAAGGCAGAUGUUUUCUUUAUAGACCAACUGCAGACUUCACCUGCAUUAGCGGACUCCCGAGGAUUCCAAGGCAACUGCAAAGUACCAGCUAAGGUGACACAGAUGCUGAUGAAUUUUGGUACUCGAUCAGAUGGAAAUGAUUGGCAAUCAGCUCGUCCUGCUUUGCUGGCAAAUUUUGGACCACAAGCUACUAAUGCACUUCAUCGACGAGAGUACCAUGGAAAUGGACGAAAACCUAGAGGAGAUUCUGGCUUUCCUGUUAGUGAUAUGGCAAAUACAAUCACUGGGGUGAAUGGACAACUUUAUCAUGGAACUGAUCGUUCUCUUCAACCUCGCCCUCUUGGAGUGGGAAGGCAAGCAGCAUCCCACCCUUAUUCAUCGUUUAAGCAUUUGUCAGCACAAAGCAGCGGUUUUGACUGGAAUCAGUCUGGUAGUCCAAGCCAGAAAAAUCAGACCAGGAGAUCUGGUCCAUCCAACUGAUGUUAGACCAUCAGGAUGAAGAGAAUGGAUGGAAUGGUAAACAAGCACAUACUCGAAUGGCUGGUACAUUAUUCACAUACUGACCGCUACAUAUGUGCAUCUCUAAGUGAUUUAUCUAUAUGCAGGUGUACUGUGUACACUUAGGAAAGUAGUAGUAAUAUUUUAGUAGUCCACAGCUUGAAUUGUUGUUAUAUUUCAUUAAGUAGUUACUAUCCACAAUGAAAGAUUGGUUGACAUUUUUAUGGUA